AUGGCGUCAGGCGUAGUUGCGGUGCUCUUGGCCACUCUGCUUAUCUUUUCUGCCCUGGUGAGUGGAGAGGACAAUGAUGCGAAGCGAAAUCUCGCUAUUGGACCUCUGUCGACGCCCAACAGCGAUGUGUCUACAUCCCCAGCGCGUAUCGCUUUGCUGCACAUGGUCAACAACGUCUGGUUUUUCCAGGAACUUGCAGAGGUCACACUGCGCAACAAGCGCCGCUACUCCAUUCGCCACAAGUUUGAACUCGUCACCCACACCCCGCACGAGACAUCCGGUCUAUGGACCCCAGCGUCCUGCGAUGAGAACGGCGCUGUGAUGCGAGGUCAACACUGUUUCAAACCAUCCACGGACUUCGCCCUCGACAAGCGCGCCCCGACGUUUGGAAAGAUUAAGCUUGCCCUUGCCGCCUGCAUUGGUCGCCCAGAUUACUGGCUGCUAUGGACAGAUGCCGAUGCCUUGAUCGUCAAUCAAGCAAAGAGCUUGCUCGAUGUCGUUGAUGACGCAUACGACAUCGUCGUCGCGAAUGACUGGUUCAUGAUAAAUGCUGGCGUGUUGCUCCUUCGAUGCUCCCCGUGGAACAUCAAGUUUCUAGAGCGGGUGUACGCCGCCCGCAAAUUUGACAAGGCUCUUGCACUUGAUCAGUCGGCGUUUAACGAUUUCUUCAAAGAGAAAGACGUCGAUCCGCAUGUCAAGCAUGUCCCGAAGCAUUUGAUUAAUGUGUACACAGAGGAAUAUCGCCCAGGUGAUUUCAUUGUUCACUUUGCUGGAAAGCUUUACGAAGCUACCCCGUGGGGGAUCGGUGAUAUUGCUCGCCAAUUUGAUGUAUUGUCAAGAGUAGAUGACAAAGACAAAAUUGCUUCUUUCUUUAACACACGCUAUUUACUCAACUACUUCUCCGGCACAUGCGUCAUGGGCUCCCCCGAGAAAGAUCCGGUACGAGAUUGUAAUCCGCAUGACUCACGGCGAAUGAAACUACCGGAAACCCUCGGCUCAUUCUCGUCUCCAAACCGGUAUCGCCAGCUGGAAUACCGCAAUCCAAACUUGAAAGAUUGGAAGGAUCCAAACGAUGUCCCUGGCCGCACUGACAUCAAAAUACGGAGAACUCUUCAUUCUGAGUCCACUUGAGUGCUUCACACCAUAUGUACAACGGGUGCUCGUCAUAAAUCAAUCUUACAGCCAUGCGGUUUAAAUAUCG